UUUAUGUUAAGAUUUUUUUUUUAGGUUAAACUUUAAAAAUAAAUUGAAACACCAAAUAAUCCUUCCUAUAGUUUUUAAUACAUUAAAAACGAAUAAAGAAGAUGAAUUUAUGAAGAAUCUAAUAUUUUGAAAAUGUCUUUAACAGAAGAUGAAUUGACGAGAUUAGCCAUUGCUGAAUUAACGAGAAAUGCACAGAGAGGUCGCGAGCGAUCAGCUACCAUGGGUUCGUUAGCCUGGAAAUCUUGCCCUGUUCCAGCUACAAAUAAACGUUUUCUACACAAUACAAUUCUUGGUGCGAUGCAAGCAAACAAAAAUAUCUCAACUCAGUCUCGAAAAAGAAUCAAUGAAUCAAAAACAGAUACAGCAGAGAAGCAAAAAAAAAAGGGUAAAAAUGAAAUCCACAAACUAGAGAAGAAAGAUAUUUCUAUCAAACUAAAAAAGAACGAUAUUUCUAUCAAACUAAAAAAGAACGAUAUUUCUAUCAAUAAAAUUGAGAUGGAAUCUCCUAUAUCUUCAAGUAGCGUUAAUUUGCCAAUAAAAAAAAACUAAGCGUAUACCAAAAGUAUAACGUUAAACUCGAUCA